ACAAAGAUGGCGGACGGAGGAAGCUAUUCUACGAAUUCAUUAUUAAAGAAAUGAAAGCUGAAAAAGAGCUCUGAUCUUUCAAAAAUAUAUAAAUCUUAGUGUUUUUGAAUAUAGGUGAGACAGGAGUAAGCACUAUUGCUUAUACUUUCAUCCAUGAACUCUUUGAAAUACCUUAGACGAGUGGAGGUUUUCUCAAACCAUCUCACGUCGAUCCGACCCAGUGGUGAAAGUCGUUCAAUUCUUAGGUCUUUGAGUAGCCUUCGAGGAUAUGAUUAUGAUUUGGUGGUGAUAGGAGGAGGCUCUGGAGGACUUGCUUGCUCCAAAGAAGCUGCAAGUUUUGGGAAGAAGGUAGCAGUUCUUGAUUAUGUGACUCCUUCCCCACAAGGAACCACUUGGGGUCUUGGAGGAACUUGUGUCAAUGUUGGCUGCAUCCCCAAAAAGCUCAUGCAUCAUGCAUCUCUGCUAAGGGAAGCAAUCAGAGAUGCUAAAAAGUAUGGAUGGGAAACACCUGACAACAUUAAUUUCAACUGGGAAACUCUGGUGACAGGAGUGCAAAACCAUGUGAAGUCUUUAAAUUGGGGACAUAGAGUUAAACUUAAUGAUAAAAAAAUUAAAUAUUUACCUGCCUUGGGUUCACUACUGGAUUCACAUACAAUAAAGGCAGUCAGCAAAUCUGGAAAAGAGGAAAUUGUGACAGCAGAAAACAUUGUCAUUGCUGUUGGAGGACGACCAAGAUUUCCAUCAGAUGUCCCUGGAGCUCUGGAACAUUUCAUUUCAAGUGAUGACUUGUUCUCUUUAAAAAAAGAACCUGGAAAAACGCUAGUAAUUGGAGCUUCUUAUGUGGCUUUAGAGUGUGCAGGUUUCCUUGCUGGACUGGGGUAUGAUUCAUCAGUCAUGAUGAGAUCUAUACCCUUAAGAGGAUUUGAUCAGCAAAUGGCCGAACUUGUAGUUGAAUACAUGGGAAGACAUGGAACUCGUUUCAUUAGACAGUGUGUACCAGUGCGAGUGGACAAGACAAGCGAAGGGAAACUUAAUGUUACUUGGAAAAAUGUUUCAACUGGAGAGGAGAAUGAAGAAGAGUUUGAUACUGUUUUAGUGGCUAUUGGAAGAGAUCCCUUGACAUCUAACCUUUGCCUUGAAAAAGCUGGUGUAGAAGUUAAUCCAGCAACAAGAUUCGUGAUAGGAAAGAACGAUGAACAAACCUCUGUACCAAACAUCUAUGCAAUAGGAGAUGUUCUGCAGGACCGUCUAGAAUUAACACCCGUUGCUAUAAUGGCAGGAAAACUGUUGGCAAGGAGAUUGUUUGGUGGAUCUCAGAUACCGAUGGACUACCAUAAUGUCGCAACUACAGUGUUUACUCCACUGGAGUACAGCAAGGUUGGUUUUUCGGAGGAAGAAGCUAUCAAAGAACACGGAGAAGACAACCUUGAGGUGUACCAUGCGUUCUACAAACCAUUAGAGUUUACUGUGGCCGAGCGCAGCGAAGACGUAGGAUACAUUAAGGCUGUUUGUCUCAGGGAAGGCGAACAGAAGGUCUUGGGGCUUCAUUAUCUUGGUCCAAAUGCCGGUGAAGUCAUGCAGGGGUUUUCUACUGCUAUGCGGUGCGGGUUGACAGGCGACCAACUGUUAUCAACUGUAGGUAUACAUCCCACAUGUGCUGAAGAAAUCGUCAAAAUACAUAUAACCAAGCGAUCUGGUGAAGACCCAAUGGCCACGGGAUGCUGAGGUUAAGCCCAUUCUUACUGCGCAUGCUCUAGACCCAGGCUAUCCUUCUUCAAACUAGGAAGAGAGAUACUGGGUUUUCUGCGCGGUGAGAAUGGUUGUCAUUAUCAUUAAUUAAUUAUAAGUAUUAUUGAUAUCUUCAGUAUGACGUAGGGCUGCUAAACUGAUCAUUGUCAGUGUGGUCUUUCUGAUGUAGAAGGUAUUUAGCAAAAUAAGGUAUUUCCUUAAAACCGUUUCUAUAACUCCAGACAUAGAUCACGAAGGCGUUUUUCGACUAUUUUUUAAUAUUGACUCCUUUUGAUCUCAAAAUAAUGUUAUCUAUGAUAUUAAUUAAUAAAAUCAGUGAAACUUAAGAUGCUAGCACACUGUAGAGCCGAUGGUAUAGGAACACCGCGAUAUCUCUCGUCUCCUAGCUCUCCUCUCUUCACUACUCGUUUCUCUCCUCUUUGUUUCUACUUAACAUCAGCUAUCGGGUUUUUAUUUCAAUCCAAUUAUCGAUGCAUUACUAGGUUGCGCGCUCUGUUUUUAUCUACUUGCUCCCUUUUAAAAAUAUCUAUAAAUAUUUUCUUGAGAGCGUUUCUAAUCAUCAUGUUCCUUAUCCCGUAGACAAGAGGGUUUAGCGCUGCGCUUGCGCAAACGACGAACGUUGGCCACAGCCAAUCACCUGCCUCGUGCACGUGACACACUUGGUGGCCAGACAGCGCAAGCGCAGCAAAUCCAAACAAAGGCGUGUACACCACAGUGAACAGACCUAGUAUCAUCGCCAUAGUAAUAGUAGUUUUCUUGUUCUUAAGUGUGUAAUAAGCAACGUUGAGACCACUCGUUACUGGACAAACAGCUUGUUUCUGAGCUACUUUCAAGAUCUUAAAGUAACAGUAAACUGUGAUGACGAGUGGAAUACUCAGCGCUAUCACGAUACUUCCAAAUAUGAUUUGUUCCAAAUGCUCUUGAAGAAAAACCAAACGAGGAGAUGGCGUUACAACUGCAAAAGUCCACGUGCCAAUCAAUAUACAGACGGACUUGCGUUGCGUGACAAGUUCUUUGUAACGUAAAGGAAAGACUAUUGCAAUAUAUCUGUCAACGCUGACUGUAGAUAGGGUCAGAGUUGUGUUGAUCAAUACGACUCCAAGGAAGAAAAAUAGAAAGCUCUCUAGACGUUCGUGCUCUUCUUCAUGCCGCAGUAGCGUUGCCAUAGCAAUAGAGAGUGGGCUGACCAGAAGCCCUGUGAUCAAAUCGGAUAAACACAAUGACACUAUAAGGUUGUUAGAGACGUUUCGUAAGGACUUGUUUUUAUGGACUGCCCAGAGUAUAGAGGCAUUGCCAACAACAGCUAGAAUACUAGACAGUGCAGUUAGAGAGACUAAGAUUAGAAAGGGUACAGAACGCAGAGUCUCAAUGCAUGUGCCAUAGUCUUGGGAUGAAGUAGUUGGUGCUACGGUCCAAGUAGGAAGCUCAAAGGUAGAAUUGUUCAUGGCUAACCAAGCCGACAAGAAAAGUCAAAUCAGCCAAGAAUUCUGAAAAGGAAUUAAAAUGUGAAAUGAUUAAAAAUUAUAUAGUUUACCGAUAA